AUGAGAUGGAUAAAAGCUGUCAGGGGUUUACUAGAACAUGAAGUAUGUGACUGGAUUGUAAAGCUAAUAACUCCACUGGAAAAGUUGAAACCAAAACGUCUCCUUGAUCUAGUAUUCUGUCAGAUUGUGGGUGAUGUCUUGGAAAACGUUACGCCUCGUCUGACAUCCAACGAUGUGCGCAUCCUUCGAAAUACUAUCGGUGAAAUUCUUCUCAACAGUUCCCUAAACCAAUUGCUGUUCCAACCGACAGCUGUGAAACGAAUGGUUAUCGAUGCAGCGAAACAAUGUCCUUACUACUUUGGCCGUUUCUAUGCCAUUGAGCUAAAAUGGCAGAAUACUUCUGAUGUACCAAUGAAACUACUGCAAACUGGUGAUGCAGCAUUAUAA